AUGCGUCUACUUCUACCCUUCCUCGUUCUGCCUUUGGCAACCCUGGAUGUGCCUCCGCCUCAAGAUGUCUCUGCAGUUAACUCAGUAGCUGCCCUUAGACUUGCAGAACUUAAUAAACCGAAAGGGGAUUUUAUUCGCUCCUGCAAAGACGUGAAGCUCGACGGGAAGAAAGAUGAUAUGCAUGAACUGAUUGCAACGUGCGCGGCCGGCAAUGGGACCGAAAUUACUUCCAAAUUAGAUUUAAGCUAUUGUUACUCUUCUCUAUCAGCUGGAGGAAAUAAUGGUAAAGAGUUAAAGCAGGGUAAGACCACCACUACCAGCGAAUUCAUAUCUAUCAUACUGUUAUAA